ACAAUUAUUCAAGGGUUUUGGAGUGAGCGAGAGUGAGAGCCAACAGCCAAAGGUUUGAUUUUGAAAAUCCUAGAACCCUGGACUCGGCUGCUCAACCGAAACCCUAACGCCCAAAAGCACUAGCAGGUAUGGCCAAAUCGAUCAGGUCGAAGAGAGAGAAGAGGCUAAGAGCUUUACGGAGAGGCAUUGUCCAACCCUUCUACGACAACAAGGAUGCUGCAAAGCACGCCGCCCAAGAAGCCGCUCUUGCCGCCCCCAAACUCCCCACACGUUCCGCCGAUAAUGGCAGCGGCACCACCGCCAUGGACAUGACCGCCUCCGCCACCAGUGCCAGCAUGGAUGUGGAGAUGGCUGAGGGCAAUCAGAACCUUAAACCUAGAGGUGGAAUUGGAAAGAAGAAGAUGAAGAAAAUCAAGAUAGCUAAAAGAAAAAAUCGUGGUAAGGGCAAGAUCAGGAAAAAGCACAUUUAACUGCUUAGUCUCAUGUGUUUGUUUAGUUACAAUGCUACAGUGACGAUGAUUGCAGCAUUAGUUUAUUGGUUAAGAGGUUGAGUGUCUAGUAUUUUAAUCUUGGCAUCUUUUCUUUCAGUCCUAAGACUAAGAUUUUAUUAGCUUAUUAUCAGACUAUGGAUGUGGAAUAUACUAUAGCUUUGAAUGACACUGAAUGCAACUCUGUGGUUUCCGCA